CACUACCAGAGCGUAACUGGUAUUAAAUAGUAGUAAUAUUUUAUUAGCAGAAAGCCGAGUGCAGACAAGUGGAAGAAGAAGUCGUCACUUUGAGGUAUCACAGACUAAAUAUAUACAUAUAUUAUAUACUAGACAUAUAUAAAUUAUAAUAAACGUUCGUUACUAAACUUGCGCUUCAUCGCCGUUUGAUCCAAAGUCAGCCGUUGAUUUCAUCUUGAUCUUUCUAAUCCCGUCGUCGGAGGGGAUUGAUUGAUGGAUUGUCUCAGUUGCACAAUUUUCUGGUUUAGUUAAUCAUUAACGUUUCUGAUCAAAGCUAACGUACGCGGCAGGUGAGCAUGGUAAAACACAGACAGCUCAGCUCAGUUGUUGCACUUUAUUUCUGCAAAUCAAAAUUUGGGUUUGGUAUAUGCCAGAUGAGGACUCUGAUUUGUCAAUGGAGUCUGUGGUCGAAACCCUAGAAUUCGGAACUCCGAUUUCAGUUUCGCUCUCUUAUUUGAAAAACGAGAGAUUUCAUGGAAGUUCUCUAGUAUUCGGUUUUGAUUCUGUUUCUGAAGCCCCUACUUGUGGUAUGGACAAAAAUGGUGGUGUUCAGGGUUCAUCGAGACCUUAGUUUUGAGAAGGUGAUGUUAUAAGAGGGUUUGGUUUGUGAUUGGUUGAAUUGUGAGUAUGGAGCGGAAUGAGGUGGUGUUGAGUAAAGACGGUGAGGCGUUUAUCGAUCGGAGCAAAGUGAGGAUUUUGCUUUGUGAUAAUGACGCCAAGAGUUCCAAGGAGGUGUUCAAGCUUUUGUGCGAAUGCUCCUAUCAAGUAACUGCUGUAAGGUCAGCCAGACAGGUGAUUGAUGCACUGAAUGCCGAGGGGCCUGAUAUAGAUAUCAUUCUUUCUGAAGUUGACCUACCAAUGGCCAAAGGCUUGAAGAUGUUGAAAUACCUUAUGAGGGAUAAAGAGUUGCGACGCAUUCCAGUGAUCAUGAUGUCAGCACAGGAUAAUGUCUCUGUUGUUGUCAAGUGCUUGAAACUUGGAGCAGCCGAUUACCUUGUCAAGCCUUUACGCACUAAUGAGCUCUUCAACUUGUGGACUCACAUGUGGAGAAGGCGGCAAAUGCUUGGACUGGCGGAAAAGAACAUCUUCAAAUAUGACAUCGAUCUGGUGGCAUCAGAUCCUAGUGAUGCCAAUACAAACAGCGCUAAUCUCUUCUCAGAUGACACAGAUGAGAAGUCUCGUAAAAGUGCCAAUCUGGAGAUGUGUGUGUCAACUCAUCAGGAAGAUGAGGCCAGUGCUACCACUGUUGCUGCCUCUGUAGAGCCUCCACUUAUGCCAGGAAUUAAUGAACGGCAAACAGGUAAUCAAAACUCUGGUAAAUUUUCAGAACAAUUUUCGUCAUACCCUAAGAAGAGUGAGCUUAAGAUAGGCGAGUCUUCAGCCUUCUUUACAUAUGUCAAAUCAGGCAUGUUCACAAGCAACACCCAAGGGGUUGCCCCUGCUGAUGAAAAUGCUCCUCAGCAAUUCAGCAUUGAUAAGAAACUUGCCACAUGGACUGGACAAGUGUGUAAUGAUACUCAAGGACAAGAAAAUAGAGAGGCAUGUGAAAAUCAUUUUCAAGGAGAUGAUUUAUCAAGCACUAGAAGUAUCCAUGAUCCUCUAUCAGUGGAGAUGUCUUCCACUCCUCCUGAACGACUGGAAUUUCCACGACAAGGGAACAAUAGGAAGGAAGAGUUCUCUCAGGUGCAUGUGCAUCCGAGAAAUGAGUCUCACCAUGAAGCUACAGGUUUCCACGCACGUACUGCUUAUCCAUAUUUUAUUUCAGGAGUAAUGAAUCAAGUUAUGAUGUCAUCAUCAGCGCAAUUGUAUCAAAAGAACCUGCAAGAUCUGCAAAACCAUAUUACUCCAGCUCUGUUGCCUCAGUACAAUCAUAUCUCACAAUGUCCUCCCCAUGUACCAGGACUGGCAUCAUUUCCCUGUUACCCGGUUAGUACGUGCCUACAGCGAGGCCAGAUACCUACUACCCAUCCUUUGCCUUCAUAUGGAAGUCCAUCUUCAACUGAGGGGAAAUUAGGUAAAGUUGAUAGGAGAGAGGCAGCCUUGAUCAAGUUUAGACAGAAGAGAAAGGAACGUUGUUUCGACAAGAAAAUUAGGUAUGUAAACAGGAAACGGCUUGCCGAAAGGAGGCCUCGUGUGCGGGGACAAUUUGUGAGGAAGAUGAAUGGCGUAAAUGUGGAUCUCAAUGGGCAGCCUGUUUCUGUUGAUUCUGAUGAGGAUGAAGCAGAGGAGGAUGAGGAAGACCGUGCACCUCCAGAUUAUUCUCCGGAGGAGGAUCCAAUGAAAAACUGCGCUGCUCGUUAAGGAUCUUUUCAUUUCUACUAUGCCUGUUCCCUUCAAGUGGCAAGCUUCCUUUGAUAAAAUUAUCUGUGCCUUUAUUCCGUGAUACUGCUCAUGGAUGAUUGAAUUGACGCUUCAGUAUGUUGUAGUGUUGGUUCUGGGGUAUAAGAUUAUCUUGAGCUCUGCAAUCAACUGGUUCUGGCUUCCUAUUGAAACUGGCCAGCUAGCGUGAUCAUAAAUUUCUUCAUAUGAGUGCCAAACAUUGGUGAUGGCUGAGAAGGGGCACUAUCAUGAGGGGCUAUUCAAUCAGGAUUCCAAAUGCAGGUUAUCCAUAUCAGAGGCAGGAAGCUUUAUGCUUAAAAUAGUAUUUGUUGUUUGAAUCCGAAAGCUUGAUGGCUUUGCCCUUCUAGUUCCUUCGAAGAAAUGUUUUUUUUCUCGGAACUCCAGAAAAGAAGCUAAUUUACGUGCAGUUCCACAUUCGAAUUAAGGUAAUGAAGCCAAGCUGACAUUUUUAUGAGAA